AUGAGAGGAGCGAAACGAUUUGCCGUUUCAGACUCAGCUCCUGACUCGAAUGACGCGGCAUUGCGGAAUACAAGAAUAAUGGCAGGAUCACUAUUUGAUGGUCAUAGACCUGAACCUCCUCAGCAACAAUCGACUCCAUUGCCACCAUUGGAUGUGAAACGUGCUGAGUCAUCACAGCAGCACGUGAGAGCUCUCAAUAACCAAUUUGCCAGUUGGGUUCAAGCACAACUGAAGAACCAUCCCGAUGAACUUUGGGAAGAUGGGAUUCGAGACUACAUUGUUCAUGCUUCAAACAUUAAGGAGAAGUUUAGUGAUGUUGUCAACUGGCUUAAAGCAAAUGCUGUAAAAGGAGGAUCUGUCACCCACUCUCUUACAGCUGAAAAGAAAUUAGUGCCUGAAAUAAAGAAUAACGAUGGCAAAUUACUCCAAGAAAAAACUGGGUUUGCUCUACCGAGUACCAGUACAAGCUUUACAAGUUCCUGGAGCUCUGGUGUCUUUUCUGCCAACCAAAGUCCUGGAGGAGUAUCAUCUGGUAGCCAAAGCUCUAGUUUAUUCUCCAAUGGUCAAAGCUCUGGUACAUUUUCGAACAAUCUAAGUUCUGGUUUGUUCUCAAACAACCAAAGCUCUGGAUUCUUCUCGAACAAUCAAAGCUUUGGACUCUCAUCCAACAAUCAAAGCUCUGGAGCGUUAUCCAACAGCCAAAGUUUUGGAGCAUUCUCCAACAGUCAAACUCCUUUCUCCAUUAGUCAAAGCUCUGGAGCAUUCUCCAACAGUCAAAGUUUAGGAGCACUCUCCAACAGUCAAACACCAUUCUCCUUUAAUCAAAGCUCUGGAGCAUUCUCCAAUAGCCAAAGUUUAGGAGCACUCUCCAACAGUCAAACAACUCUCUUGUUUGGAGGUCAAAGCUCCAUCCCAACAAACCAUAACACUGCAGAUGAUGAGGAAGAUGAAAAUGAAUUGCAGCAACCUGGCAGUCCAUCUGUGAAGAAGUCUGAAGAGAAGGGUAUUGUUACAGUCCAUGAAGUCAAGUGCAAGCUUUAUGUGAAGUCAAGUGAUCCGGCAGAUAAAGACACAUGGAAAGACAAAGGCCCAGGGCAGCUUUCCAUCAAAUGCAAAGAGGAGAUUAGCAAGGGCACAAAAGAAUCUAAACCAACAAUUGUUGUUCGAAAUGAUGUGGGGAAAGUGUUACUAAAUGCUUUGCUCUAUCCAGGAAUCAAGACAAAUCCACAGAAGAAUUCCCUUGUUGCAAUAUUUCACACUGCGGGUGAUGAUAGCGGCAAUAGUGAUAGUGUUGUGGCACGUACUUUUUUAAUUAGGACAAAAACAGAGGACGAUCGAAAUAAGCUAGCGACAGCAAUCCAAGAAUAUGCUCCCCGAUCAUGA